GGAUCAUGUGAAUUCAUCAACGCAAGUGUAGUACGGGUCUUGUUCGGGUGCAUAUCUGACUUCUGACACUGUAAGCCACCACGUAGAUCAAAAGAAACAUGGCAAAUGAAAACUCGCUCCUUGAAAGCUUCGAGUCUUUGGCGGUGGGAAGUGAUUGGAAGAAACCAGAGGAACCUGAUCCAAUUAAUGUUCCAAUUUUUGCGUCUUCUACUUUCAAGACUUCUUCCGUAGAUCACGCAGAAGAACUUGCAUUGGGAAAGAGUGGCUGGGUGUAUUCACGUUGGAUAAACCCCACUGUUGAUGCUGCAGCUCAAACACUCAACAAUUUAGAGGGUGGACAGGGUACAUUGUUGUUCUCCUCAGGAAUGGCUGCUAUUACAAAUGUUCUGUUUGCUACCCUAAGUUCUGGAGAUCAUGUGGUGGGUCCCAGAAUGGUGUACAGUGGAACUUUAGCCCUGUUUCGAAAUCAUCUUCCACGAUUUGGAGUAGAGUGCACUCUGGUGGAUGGCUUUGAUGUUUCCAGUUAUCGCAAAGCUGUGAAACCAAACACCAAGGUUUUGUACUGUGAAACACCAUGCAAUCCGACAAUGACCCUGACAGACCUGGAGGAGUUUGGAAAACUUGGCAAAGAACUUGGUAUCAUUACCAUGUGUGACAGUACCUUUGCUUCAUCAUUUAAUCAAAAACCUAUUCAACAUGGAAUUGAUGUCGUCAUUCACAGCUGCACAAAAUACUUGGGAGGCCACAGUGACAUCACAGCUGGUUCCCUUACACUGUCAUCACAGGAAUUGCACCACAAAUGCUAUGAAUUGCAGAAAUUUUUUGGAGGAUGUAUGUCGCCUUUCGAUGCCUUCCUCUUACAUCGUGGACUGAAAACCCUUCAUGUGCGAAUGGAGAGGCAUAAUCAAAAUGCCAUGGAAGUCGCCAAGUUUUUGGAAGGUCAUCCAAAGAUUGAAAGAGUGUACUAUCCGGGAUUGCCUUCCCAUCCUCAUCAUGAAAUUGCGAAGAAACAAAUGACAGGCUUCAGUGGGAUGUUGUCCUUUGAAGUGAAAGGUGGGCGAGCAGAAGCAACAAGACUUGUUGAGAAUUUGAAGCUGGUUAAGCUGGCAGUGUCUCUUGGUGGAGUUCAGAGUCUGAUAGAGAUAGCGACCGCCAUGACGCACCCUAAAAAAUACGUGUCAGUGGAAGAAAGGAAGGAGACUGGAUUGAAGGAAUCGCUUAUUCGAUUUAGUGUUGGUUUGGAGAAUGCGGAAGACUUGAAGAAGGAUCUCGAGCACGCACUGGAGAAAGUGUAAUGGUGGAAUUUUUCAGCAAAUAUAUGUGAAGCAAUACUCACUUCUAAUAUUUUAUGCACGAGAAGAUCAAAUGAUCUUAUUAUUUAACCUGCACUACUU